AUGUCGAACGCGCCUGCGGCUUCCAACCCAUACCUCUCGAAGUCAUAUGUUGAUGGUGUAUACAUCCCUUCAGGCCUGCUGAUUGUAGGCUGCCUGAUUGUGAAGCGUGAAUGGCUGCCUUACGCAAUUGCUCUUGCGCUGGCUCUUGGAGGAUAUAAGGUUUUCAGCAUGAGAGUGCAGAAAGUCCUCAAGCCAGACGUCUUCCAGAACUUCGAGCUCUCCGAGAAGACCAUCAUCUCCCACAAUGUAGCCAUCUACCGAUUCAAGCUCCCUUCUGCUACUGCCAUCCUCGGGCUCCCCAUCGGGCAGCAUAUCUCGAUCGCAGCAACCCUCCCACAACCGGAGGGCCCGAACAAAGAAAUUAUUCGAUCAUACACCCCCAUCUCUGGCGACCACCAACCCGGCUACUUCGACCUCCUCAUCAAGUCCUACCCCACCGGUAACAUCUCGAAAUACAUGGCAUCUCUGAUCGUCGGGCAAACAAUCAAGGUCAGAGGGCCAAAAGGAGCUAUGGUCUACACACCCAACAUGGUUAGGGCAUUUGGCAUGAUUGCAGGAGGAACGGGAAUCACCCCCAUGCUGCAAAUCAUCCGCGCCGUCAUUCGAGGCCGACCUACCGGUGACAAGACAGAGAUUGAUCUGAUCUUUGCCAAUGUUAACAAGGAGGAUAUUCUGCUGAAGGAGGAUCUGGAUCAGCUUGCGAAGGAGGACAAGGGAUUCAGGAUCCACUAUGUUCUGAAUAAUCCUCCUGAGGGCUGGGAUGGCGGUGUUGGAUUUGUCACUCCUGAGAUGAUUACAAAAUGGCUUCCUAAGCCAGCAAACGAUAUCAAGCUUCUGCUCUGUGGACCACCUCCAAUGAUCAGCGCCAUGAAGAAGGCUUCCGAAAGCCUGGGAUUCAAGAAGUCAAAGCCAGUAAGCAAAUUAGACGACCAGGUGUUUGCAUUCUAG